CCCCGCCGUAGUUUCCCAUUGUGAUUCUAUCAAAUCUAAGAUACAUUGAGUCCCUUGUCUUAAUAGUAAAUUUAUGAUGUUGUUUUACCUGUUAUUACCACCUGAAAGGUGCUUUAUAAAGAGGAAAAUGUCUUCAACUUGUGCAUGCAUAUGUCAUUUCUUCCACAUAAAGAAUAAUGAAUUCUCUAUUCAAGAAUGAAGAUGUGAAGAACCUGCACAUCAAAUUUUUAAUUCAAUCAAUUCAACCUCCAGAAACAGAAAAUUAUUGUUUCCUGCUGUUUGGGGUGACCCGCGACUUUCCUCUGUUUGAAUUUGAAUAAUUUUUUUAUUUGUUUUGUUUUGGUUUUUGUUUCUUUUUUUGUUUUUUGUUUUUAAGAAAGAAAAAAGAAAAGGCUGUAUAAGAAGGAAGUAGGGGCUGCGUGAAAGAAAGCUGUCAUAGGAAGUAAAAGAGAGACUUUGAGUGCUGUACGGCAAGGAAAGAAUCCAUUUAAUAAAAUUGUUCAGCAGUAGCAACAGCAAGGAAGGGAAGCUCCUUCCUUCCUUGCAGUUUCUCAAGGGACCUAAACUCUCCAUAUAAAUUGCUCAUCAAGGGUUUGUUGAAAGGCAUCAACUGAGAACUUUUGACCUUUAAAAAAGCUGCAAAAAAUGGGAGUCGGAGGAACAUUGGAGUACUUGUCUGAUCUGGUGAACAACAGUGGCCACAAACACAAAAAGAAGAAGCAAUUACAGACAGUGGAGCUCAAAAUCAGGAUGGACUGUGAUGGCUGUGAGCUUAAGGUCAAGAAUGCUCUCUCUUCCUUAACUGGAGUUAAAUCUGUGGAGAUAAACAGGAAGCAACAGAAGGUGAGUGUGACUGGGUAUGUUGAACCAAACAAAGUGCUGAAGAAGGCAAAGUCAACAGGGAAGAGGGCAGAGAUAUGGCCUUAUGUGCCCUACAACUUAGUGGCCCAGCCCUACAUUGCUCAGGCUUAUGACAAGAAGGCACCUCCUGGUUAUGUCAGAAAUGUGGACAACAAUCCCUCCUCCACUGGGACUGCCACAAAAUAUGAAGACCCUUACACCACCAUGUUCAGUGAUGACAACCCUAAUGCCUGCUCUAUCAUGUAGUACCAUAACUUGCAAGCAUCUUCUCGUGAUCAGUUAACUAGUCUCCUAGCUAGCUAGCUUCCAAGUCUCCCCUCUUCUUUUUUUCAAUGUUGUAUUUUUUUGUUUUUGUUUUCCUUUUGUAUGGGAAUUAUGAGGAAUUAGAGGGGGGUUUUGAUUUCGUGCUGCCAUCUUUCGUACUCAAAAAUGGUCUUAUAGUUCAAAUGGUUAAGAACAUUUCCUUAGUCUCCGAGCCACGUAUGUUAAAUUUUGCUCACCUCUAGUAUUGCUCAUAUAAAAAUUAAACAAAAAAAGGAGGUCUUUUAUCAAUACAAUGUGGUUUUUUUGGUCAAA